GGCGUCCGGUUCCAUCCUCCUCUGGGAGCGGGCAGUAGGCGAACCAGUCUUGACCCGCGCCGCUCCAUCCCGAGCCCGCGCACUCUCAGAGGGUAUCUAGACAGAUUGAAGCCAUGGCCAUUCUUUUUGCUGUUGUUGCCAGGGGAACCACUAUCCUUGCCAAACAUGCUUGGUGUGGAGGAAACUUCCUGGAGGUGACAGAGCAGAUUCUGGCUAAGAUACCUUCUGAAAAUAACAAACUAACGUACUCACACGGCAAUUAUUUGUUUCAUUACAUCUGCCAAGACAGGAUUGUGUAUCUUUGUAUCACUGAUGAUGACUUUGAACGUUCCCGAGCCUUUAAUUUUCUGAAUGAAAUAAAGAAGAGGUUCCAGACUACCUAUGGUUCAAGAGCACAGACAGCACUCCCCUACGCCAUGAAUAGUGAGUUCUCAAGUGUCUUGGCUGCACAGCUGAAGCAUCAUUCCGAGAAUAAGGGCCUAGACAAAGUGAUGGAGACUCAAGCCCAAGUGGAUGAACUGAAAGGAAUCAUGGUCAGAAACAUAGAUCUGGUAGCUCAGCGAGGAGAAAGAUUGGAAUUAUUGAUAGAUAAAACAGAAAAUCUCGUGGAUUCUUCUGUCACCUUCAAAACAACCAGCAGAAAUCUUGCCCGAGCCAUGUGUAUGAAGAAUCUCAAGCUCACUAUCAUCAUCAUCAUCGUAUCAAUUGUGUUCAUCUAUAUCAUUGUGUCACCUCUCUGUGGUGGAUUUACAUGGCCAAGCUGUGUGAAGAAAUAAAAAAGCAAAAGUUGUCGUUAACCAAGGGUAUCAGAGAACAAGGAGUUAAAAGCAGUCCAUGUGAUUCAAGCCUUUUAAUACUGACAGAUGGUGUCUGUCAGUCUCUUCAACCCUCUUCUUGCUUUUUCUUUUUUUUAAUCUUGUUCUAUGCUUCCAGAUUUAUCUUUGUCCUAUCUACCAAUUUAUUCCUGUGCACUUCAGAUUGAACCAUUUAUUGCAGCAGUAGCCUUAAAAAGGCUUUUUAUUUCUUUGGUUCAUUAACUAGCGUCAUCUACUUAGAGAAACAUUUUCGUUUGUAAUUGCAGAAAGCUGAUACCAAGGGGGAAACCACCAGUCUUAUGAGCUGUCUACUGAAACUGUGGGUGAAGUUUGUAUGUGCACACAAAAGUAUUUAAGAGACAUAUAGUAUUG